UCGAGAACAAAAUGAAAAUAAACAAGAGGAUCCAAACUGAGUACUUGCUCAACAAUAUAGUUGACCAAGAUUUCCAAGCUAUGUUGUUUCCUUUAAACGUUGUACAGUAUUGCUUUUUAAUGCCUAUGUUUAGCAUAAUUAACAAUUUCAUCACUCCUGACAACCAUUUGUCCUCUUACAUACAGUCCAUAAUUGGGUGUACUGCUCUUACAUUGACCCACCAAAAACAAUUAAGUACCUACGUUUUCUUUUUUCUUGCAUUUCCAGGCAUGCGCAAGACUUGCAAGAACGUGUUGCGGCUGAGCCGCGCGUCGCUGCGCAAGAUGUCGGCGUUCGGCGUGUUCGAACUCGACGCAACGUUCCCGCUGCGGCUGCUCAGCGUAAUGGUGAUCUACACCGUCGUACUGCUGCAGUUUGCCUUUUUAUCGUAG